GGUUAACGCAGGCUAGUGCUUAGCCAGGUGAGACCAGUGAGUCCUUAUAUCGGCGCUGUAGCAAUAGCCAUUGGCCAUAUCUGUUUGUAAGUCGACCCUGCAGUGCAAAAUAGCAUGGUGGAUUUAGGCCUGCUAAUAGCAAUCUACCCCUUCAUAAAAGCUUGGCUGAACAUCAACCACAUCCUUCCAUCCUUUGCGAACUUCAGAGUGCACCCCGCGCCUGCCAAUCCUGCUCCCGAUCAGCCAGUUGAGACACUGAGACGAGAAGGGACUCACAGUCAGAUUAAUCUGGAACGGUCUAAGAGUCGUAUGGGAACCUUUGUGGAGGCUGGAACAAUAGCUGAAGCCAACCCGGAUGAGGGGACUUCUGCGGAUAUGCCUGAUGUCUUAUCGAGACGGAAACUAAAGCCUUCAGAUCAAGAUCUGCCAUGAGGUCAUCACGUAGCAAGACUGACCGCUCCAUGUGAAGGAAGCUGGAUGCAGAAGGUUGCAACUUCUGCAGAAGAAGUUUAAUUUUUCUGCAUUGAUCUUCCUUCACACUUAGUACAAAAAAGUACUGCUGUGUAAAUCUCUCUGCUGUGUAGAUCUUUAUAAAUCUCGUUUUCCUGUUCAUUUGUGAUAUCAGCUCAUCAUGUUAGCUGAGAUCACCUCAUUAUAUAUAUAUAUAAAAAAACAGCAUGUCU